UCUCCGCCGCUCCUCCUCACCACCAGCGUCAACACCACUACCAACAACACUUCAAACAAACAAUAGAAUUUCGCUUAAACACCUUAUCUGCUAUGACUGUUUAACCUAUUUUUUCUAGUAAAGUUUCCGCCUUUUCAUAUUUUCCUUCACUUUCUCUUCUGUUUUCUCAACAAAAAUGAACAAACCCUAUCUGGGUUUUUCUUUUUCUUUGCUUUCCCUUUUCCUCCUCUCGUUAACUUGUUCAGUUUAUUCUCAGUCUAGUCCAGAUGCUGCAGCCAUGCAAGCUCUCAAAACCAGCCUAGGCGACCCGGCAAGCUUGGGCUGGACCGACCCGGACCCGUGUAAUUGGAAGCAGGUUGCCUGUUCGAAUGGGCGCAUCACCCGGAUCCAAAUCGGGUCGCAGGGCCUGACCGGAACUCUCCCAUCGGACCUCAGCAACUUAACAUCUCUGACUAUAUUGGAGGUGAUGAAUAAUCAACUGAGUGGGUCCAUCCCAAGUCUUGCUGGGUUGAGUUCUCUUCAAAGAGUGCUUUUUGAUAACAACAGUUUUUCAUAUAUUCCUCCGGAUUUCUUUACUGGGUUAACUUCUUUGCAAAAUAUAUACCUUGAUUAUAUUCCCUUUCAGUCUUGGGAGAUUCCUGCGAGUUUAACAAAUGCAACGACUUUGCAGACAUUUUCUGCAAACGGGGCUAAUAUUUCAGGGACUAUUCCUGAGUUUCUUGGGGGAUCUGUAUUUCCAGGAUUAAUUAAUUUGCAUUUGGCUUUCAACAAUCUCCAUGGGCAACUUCCGGAGAGUUUUGCUGGGUCAGCAAUUCAGACACUUUGGUUGAAAGGCCAAAACGGUGACACUAAGCUCAAUGGCUCAGUAUCUAUUCUACAAAACAUGACUUCUUUGACCCAGGUUUGGCUUCAAGGCAACCAAUUUACCGGUCCUUUGCCAGAUUUAUCAGGGCUUACUGGCUUGAAUGACUUUAGCUUGAGAGAUAAUCAGUUGACUGGUAUUGUUCCUUCAUCUUUGGUUAAUCUUCCUGGACUUAAGAAGGUCAAUUUGUCUAAUAAUUUGCUUCAGGGUCCGACUCCAAAGUUUGAUAUUAGUGUGGAUAUCAGACCUGGGUCUAAUACUUUUUGUUUAGAUGCUCCUGGUGUUCCUUGUGCUAGUCUAGUUAAUAUUUUGUUAUCAAUUGCCGAAUCUGUGGGUUACCCAGUGGUGUUUGCACAGAGUUGGAAAGGAAACAAUCCUUGUGCUUCCUCUCAGUCAUGGAAGGGGAUUACGUGUGAUGGUAGUGGAAACAUCACUGCUGUUAAUUUCCAAAAUUUGGGGCUUGUGGGCACAAUUUCUUCAAAAUUUUCUGAGCUUACAUCUUUGAGACAAUUGAUACUGUCUGGUAAUUCACUCACUGGUACUAUACCUACCGAGCUUACAACUUUGUCUAAACUUGAGAAGAUAGAUGUGUCAAAUAAUCGUAUUUAUGGUCAAGUGCCAAAGUUUGGACAGAAUGUGGUUGUUAACACUGCUGGGAACCCUGAUAUUGGAAAAAAUAGCAGUAGCUCCGCACCUUCUGGAGCACCAUCAGGGGGUUCAUCUGGAACUCCUGGUACUCCAAGUGGAGUAAACAGUUCGUCAGGUAGUGGGAAUAAGAAUACCGGAAUAAUUGUUGGUUCUGUGAUUGGUGCUGUUUGUGUUGCCUUUAUUAUAGGAUUGGGUGUCUGUUUGUAUACCAGGAAACGAUAUCAUUCCAGUAGUGUCAAUGUAGGUGGGACUGACAGCCAUCGUUUCACGAGUAGUGGGCCUAGUGACAUUCGUGUGGUUGAGGCUGGAAAUAUGGUUAUCUCAAUCCAAGUUUUGAGAAAUGUGACUAACAACUUCAGUGAGGAAAAUAUAUUGGGAAGAGGUGGUUUUGGGACAGUGUAUAAAGGGGAAUUACAUGAAGGGACGAAGAUAGCAGUGAAGAGGAUGGGGUCUGGAAUUGUGAGUGAGAAGGGUUUGGCAGAGUUUAAGUCUGAGAUUGCGGUUCUUACCAAAGUUAGACAUCGCCAUUUGGUGGCACUUCUUGGCUAUUGCUUAGAUGGAAAUGAGAAGCUCCUUGUUUAUGAGUACAUGCCACAGGGGACCCUUAGUAGGCAUCUGUUCAACUGGAAGGAAGGGGAAUUGAAACCGCUUGAAUGGACUAGAAGGUUGACCAUUGCCUUGGAUGUCGCUAGAGGUGUUGAGUAUCUUCAUGGUUUAGCACAGCAAAGUUUUAUUCACAGAGAUCUAAAACCAUCCAACAUCCUUCUUGGAGAUGAUAUGCGGGCAAAACUUGCAGAUUUUGGAUUGGUUCGUCUUGCUCCAGAGAACGGAAAACAAUCAAUUGAGACAAGAGUUGCUGGAACUUUUGGAUAUCUUGCUCCAGAGUAUGCAGCGACUGGACGUGUAACUACCAAGGUUGAUGUAUUCAGCUUUGGAGUAAUUUUAAUGCAGUUAAUUUCUGGUAGAAAGGCCCUUGAUGAAACUCAGUCUGAGGAUAGUGUGCAUCUUCCAACAUGGUUCUGGAGAAUGCAUGUUAACAAGGACACAUUCAGAAAUGCUAUUGACCAAUCGAUUGAGCUGGAUGAGGAAACCCUAGCCAGCGUAAGCACUGUGGCCGAGUUGGCUUGCCACUGCUAUGCGAGGGAGGCCUACCAGAGGCCUGAUAUGGGUCAUGUUGUAAAUGUGCUUUCAUCUCUGGCUGAACUGUGGAAACCGGCGGAACUGAUCAUACCUUUUAACUCUUUCUCUGAAUCUAAUUUUGUACAUCAACCUAGAUAUUGUUCUAUAUGAUUUGAGAAUUAAGACUUCAAGAUCAAGGUAAACCGGCCUUGAUGACGAUAUGUCGAUGUCAAGAAAUGUAGUAUGAAACUCAAACACGCAAUUUUGAAAGGAUGCUUUGUAUACGUAGUAGAAAUUAUAUUUUCUAAAAAAUAAAAAAAUUAUGUAUUACCA